AUGUCAGACUCCCACGACGAUUCUGACGGGCCUGAGAGCCGUCGCAAGAGGAUUCGCCAAGCCUGUCUCAAUUGUAGGAAGAAAAAAGUUCGCUGCACGGGUGAGAAACCGAUAUGUCAGUUUUGUAAUCGGCUUGGCCAGCCUUGUGUUUAUGCGGAGGAUGGGAGGAGUCUUAGAAGGACGAGUUUGGCUGUUCAGCCUGCUUUGGGGGAUGUGCCUGAGGCUAUUAUGGAUAACAUCACGUCGCGGUUUGCCUCUUUAGAAGAUCAGAUAUCAACGCUGCAAGCGACAGUCGAAAGACUGCUGCCGCUCGCCACAAGUCAACAACCACCCAAUAAACGCACUCACUACCAAGCCAACACCCCAGCCCCCGUUCUUCUUCAAACCCCCUCCACCAUACAAUCUCAUGCCAAUGAACGCCCUCAACCAAGUUCCCUUCUCUUUGCUGCCGAUGUCUACUUCCGCUACUGUCACAGCCAACCUUACUCCCUCUUUCACGAACCUACCUUUCGGCAACGCCUUGCUGAUGACACUUUGCCAACCUAUUUACUCUGGGGAUUCUUGUCGGCGGCAAGACGAUAUUCGUCUCUCCCAGUCACCCAAGUCAACUGUCCUGAUGAUGCAUCUAGCUAUGCUGCCAAGGCUUGGGAGAGUAUAGAACUUCCUUGGACUGGCAAUGCGCCAGCGGAAAAGAUUUUGACAGUCAUCCAAACCAUCAUAUUGAUAGUAAGCACUGAGGUUCCGGCCGGUCUCUGUAGUCAAGCUCAUAUGAAGCUCGGUUUUGCCAUUCGUCUUGCUCAGAAUAACAGGUUUCACCUGGAACCCGACCCAUCACUACCUGCGGCAGAACGCGAGGAACGAAAACGGACUUUCUGGUCUCUGUAUCUCCAAGACAAACUCAUCAGUCUUUCUCGUGGGCGCUUCUCCGGCAUCCGGGACGAGGAAUGCAAGGUGUCUUUACCAUGCUCCGAGGAUGCAUUCAAGGAGGGCCACGAGGAAAAGACACCCUUUCUCGAUGAACUGACGGGUGAUUGCGUCGAACAAGAAGCUAUCGACGGAUGCUGUCCACUUGGUCUCAUCAAUGUGAUGGCAUCUAUUCUUGGUCGUGUCUCGCAUUACGUUUUGCAUGAUACCCAAACUUCUCAGAUGGGACUUCCUUGGUCUUCGACAGCGCCUUACGCCACUCUAUCAUCGGCAUUGCUCCAAGCAGAACACUACUUCGGGAUGAAUGAAGACCCAGCGGAAAGCCUCAAGCAACGAUGCACGGUCGACGGUGUCGUUGAUCAACUCCUCGCAGGCUCCUUCAUCUUCGCCAAGGCUAUGUUCCACUUAUCUCACUGUCUACUUCAUCAUCCAUUCCUGAUUCAACAACGGCUUCAAUCUGGCAAACAAAAGGCCCCAUCAGUUUUCAUGAAGACGGCCUGGGAAAAGUGUAGAACUCACGCGAAGAGCAUCACGGAUCUGCUGGAUAUGAAAAAUCAGAAUGUUCUUAUACUAACCUCAAUUUAUGGAUACUGUAUCAUGGUUGCUGGUACAAUUCACGCCCUAUCUACGAACGAUGAGAGAGACCAUAUUCGAAAGGAGAGUCAGAGGCACUACCGUGCUGCUAGGGAAUCAUUACAAGACCUAUCAUGUUACUGGAACCACGCUGCCCUGAUGGUUAAACGAUUGGAAAGGUUCCACAGCCAGUGUGAGACUCGCGGUCAAGAGCUUUCACCCUCAAACGUCGAGCGAACUCCUGGAGACGUCAAAGCUCUGUGGCAAAGUGUCGACUACACCUCCUUGUCAACUCCAACGCGACCUGGAAGCCCGACGCUGGCAGGUCAAACCUCAGUUGAAGCCGAUUGGGCUUUAUCGACGGAUAUGUUUGACUUUAGUGGCUUUGGUGGAUUUGCAGAAGGAGUUGAUGUCUUUAGUAUCUCGUUUGUUGAUGGUGAUAUGACUCUCGGUGACGAAAUUCCGAAUAUGGUGCAAAAUUAG